AUGUUCUCCACAAUCAUGUGGUGGAUAACCGGUCAGGUAUGGGACGGGUGGCGGUUCAGUGCACACCUUCUCAUUAUGAUACUCCUGGCACUGGUAUCCCAUAGUCUGGGACUACUAGUAUCGGCCAUAUUCAUCAACAACAUCCGGGCCAGUCUACUGUCGUUCACUAUAUUCGUUACACCACUACUGCUAUUAAGUGGUGCACUCAUACCCAUCCGGUUUGGGGUCAAUAUGUAUCACAUGGAGGAGUGUCUGGAAGGGGCCGAUAGUCUAGAGAAUGUGACCCGUAAUAGCCUGUCAGCUCUCAACCGAUUGGUCGCCAAACAAAACCCCUCCCGAGUGUUGGAGUGUAGUGAUGAAGUGAUAACAAUGACUCCCAUCAGACAUACCAUUCCCACCACCGAUGAUAGGCUGAAGUUGUAUUGGAAUGGAUUGACAUAUAAAACGAGUGAUAAUAAGAAACUCAUCUCAAGAAACAAAACUAAUGUCAAGACUAUUAUCAAUGACUUGAACGGAGAGAUAACGAGCGGACAGUUGACCGGAAUAUUAGGGCCGAGCGGGUCCGGCAAGACUACACUCAUUGAAUGUCUGGCCGGUAAACGAGUGGCCGGACUCAGUGGCCGGGUAUGGGUUAAGUCAACCAAUGAUAAGUGA